AUGGUUGCGCAUAAAGAUCCUGAAAAAUGGGAAUGUGUUUCUAAGGGAUGCAAGCAGUGGAUUGCAUUUGACGAUCUCACAAAAGAUCUCUAUAUUUCGGGAUCAGGCACCCUCGAUGGUCGAGGCUCCAACUGGUGGGGUUCAUAUUGCGAGAAUGAUGAACAUAAAAAGAGCUGCUCUCACAAGCCAACGGGUUUUGUGAUAAUGAACUCAAUCAACGUUCAUAUAAGCGGUUUGACAUUUUUGGACAGCCCACAUAUGCACAUUGCAAUCGAAAGAUCCGACUCGGUAUAUGUUUCCAACCUCACGAUAAUUGCCCCUGGUGAUAGCCCCAAUACUGAUGGCAUCCACAUUCAACAUUCGACCAAUGUUUUCAUAGAGGACACAAAUAUUGGCACCGGUGAUGAUUGUAUAUCAAUUGGACCUUCUUCGCACAUUAAUAUUAGUAGGGUUAACUGUGGACCAGGUCAUGGAAUAAGCGUUGGGAGUUUAGGCAAAAAUGGAGACUACGAUACUGUAGAUUAUGUUUAUGUAAGCGACAUUAACUUCAAUGGAUCUACUAAUGGAGCUAGAAUCAAGUCAUGGCAGGGAGGACAUGGUCAUGCAAAGAAUAUAGUAUUUGAGAGAAUAAACUUAAUAGGAACAAAAAGACCAAUUGUUAUCGAUCAAUUCUAUUGCGAUCACACAACUUGUCACAACCAAACAGCAAAUGUUCAAGUGAGUGAUGUUUGGUUCAAUAAUAUACAUGGCACCUCAAGUUCAAUGGUUGCGGUAAGAUUGGCAUGUAGUCAGUCGUUGCAUUGCAAGAAUAUAAAUAUGAAGGACAUCAAUAUUCAAUCAAUUGACGUUGUACAACAAACAAGGACAUUGUCCUCCUAUUGCAUUAACGUGCAAGGAAAACUCGAGGGUCAAAGCUUCAUUUUAUUGAUUCUUCUCGUUUUAUUUGAUCUUCAUAUCACAACCGUACAAUGUAGACUUAUCUUAGAACACCCUAAUGAAGACACAUUCAACGUCCUAGAUUUUGGUGCGAUUGGUGAUGGCAUUACUGAAGACAAUCAAGCAUUUGAGAAAGCAUGGAAAGCCACGUGUAGAUCGAAGUCUUUAACACCGACGUUGGUUGUGCCUUCGAACUAUACGUUCUUAUUGCAACCAUUGAUCCUCUCCGGUCCUUGCGAGUCCAAUUCUACCAAUGUUUUGAUUAAUGGAACAUUGGUGGCACAUGAAGAUCCAAAAAAAUGGGAAUGUGUUGCCAAAGGAUGCAAGCAGUGGAUUGCGUUCGACGAUUUCACGAAAGACCUCUAUAUUUCGGGCUCUGGCACCAUUGAUGGUCAAGGCUCCAAAUGGUGGGGUUCAUAUUGCGAAAAUUAUAAGCAUAAAAAGAGCUGCUCUCACAAGCCAAAAGGUUUUGUGAUAAUGAACUCAAUCAACGUUCAUAUAAGCGGUUUGACAUUUUUGGACAGCCCACAUAUGCACAUUGCAAUCGAAAGAUCCGACUCGAUUUAUGUUUCCAACCUCACCAUAAUUGCCCCUGCUGAUAGCCCCAAUACUGAUGGUAUCCACAUUCAACAUUCGACCAAUGUUUUCAUAGAGGACACCGAUAUUGGCACCGGUGAUGAUUGUAUAUCAAUUGGACCUUCCUCACACAUUAAUAUUAGUAGGAUUAACUGUGGACCAGGUCAUGGAAUAAGCGUUGGAAGCUUAGGCAAAAAUGGAGAAUAUGAUACCGUAGACUAUAUUUAUGUAAGCGACAUUAAUUUUAAUGGAUCUACCAAUGGAGCCAGAAUCAAGUCAUGGCAGGGAGGGCAUGGUCAUGCAAGGAAUAUAGUAUUUGAGAGAAUAAACUUGAUAGGAACAAAAAGACCGAUUGUUAUUGAUCAAUUCUAUUGUGAUCACACAAGUUGUCACAAUCAAACAGCAAAUGUUCAAGUGAGUGAUGUUUGGUUCAAUAAUAUACAUGGCACCUCAAGUUCAAUGGUUGCGGUGAGAUUGGCAUGUAGUCAGACGUUACAUUGCAAGAAUAUAAAUAUGAAGGACAUCAAUAUUCAAUCAAUUGACGUUGUACAACAAACGAAGACAUUGUCCUCCUAUUGCAUUAACGUACAAGGAAAACUUGAGGGUCGUGUUUUUCCAUCGGUUCCUUGCUUGAAUUACUAA